CCUAAGUUGCUCUCGUCUCCUGCGUUGGUCCGUCGUCGGCGUCUAUGUCUGGCAUCGACUGCAACGGACGCUUGCUGGUGUACUCUCCGUCGCCUUCCCUCUGCGCUGGGCCCAUCUGCGUUGUUGUUGUCGGAGGUCUUCUCCACUGUUUGUCCGGCCAAGGCGUCUCCGUCCCUCGCGGUGAAGCCCCUCGCCUGGAGUCACCGCGCCGCACCUUCCCGAGCCUCCGAGCGCCUGGCCUCCCGUCCCCGUAUUGUGCCUCUGCUCCAUCCCCCUGCACUCGAACUUUCUGCAAUGAUAGGAGACUCAGAUUUCACCAUAGACAUAAGAAACAAGUUGAUCUGGAAAAUACACCUGGACAUGGAUACAAGUUAGCAACAUCCCAACUGAUGUAGCUUAAAGCUGUUAAGCUUCCAAG